GAAGGCAAACAACACCACAACACCAGGCCAUUUUGCCUUAACUGACUGAUUUCUGCCCACCCAUUAGUCUCUAUCUACUGCUUCCGGAAGCUUCUGUGUCUGUCAGUUACUUCAAAUCUGUGGCCAAUCACCAGGCGCCACAGCAGUAUCUGCGAUCUGAUUGGCUAGAGAGUGUUUUGACUUUCCACAUUCCUUCUGGAAGUUUCUAUAAGGGCCAAAUCAGCUCCAGAGACAAGAGUGAGGGAAGGCAAAACAGAACUCCUUCUUGCCAGUUGUGACCACCAUUUUAAAACCCUUAUUCCAGAGCUAGUUGCAGAAGGUUCUUCAAAGCCUCAGUCAGAGAUUUAUCCUUUCAACUGGUGCAUCAGAGACUGAGGUUUGUUGAAACUGAGAAAUGCAGAAGGUUACACCAGAUGGCCUCUCCCAGCGGAAGAAAAGACAAGGCGACUAUCUCACAGCUCCAUUUGACCCACGCUUUCCAAAUACUAACCAAACUCGUAACUGCUACCAGAAUUAUUUGGAUUAUCACCGAUGUGUGAAAACUAUGAAAGCCAAAGGCAAGGACAUCAAGGUGUGUGAGUGGUACCACAGGGUCUAUAAAUCUCUGUGUCCUAUUUCUUGGAUAAAGCGCUGGGAUGAACAGCGUGAACAGGGGACUUUUGCUGGCAAAAUAUGAAUCUCCAGCUCCCUUUUUCCUAAACAGGAGACACUCUUGGAAACUCCCACCAAUGGGUAUUCUUACAGCCCCACCCAGAUUGGUCAAUCAAUCUGUGAGUUGAUUCAACAGACUGAAUUAGUUAAAUAUCUUUGUGGACUUAAAAAAAACUUUACCAAUAAAAAUAAUAAUAAUUUGUAAAGCAAAAAAGGAGAAAAGUCAUUUCCAAUAAAUUUGUUCUUG